GGAGGCGGCGGAGGCAAGGACAAGGAGCGGGCCCCAGACAAUGCGAUCGUUGUCCAGAUACUCCGCGCGUUCGAGAAGCACUCGGGAAAGUCUAUGGAUGACGUGGUGGCCUUUGCGGAGAAGCCCCCCGCGUCAGAAGAGCCCCAGUCCGCUGACCUCAGCACGAAGUCCCUCCAAGACUUGCUGGGUAGAGAGUCGCGGAAGCAGAAGCAGAUUGAUGCCAGUCGGGAGCGCGUCAAAGAGGCUGAAGCAGCACUCGAGGCCGCCAGAAAGUUCGCAGAGGAGCAGAUCGCCCAGCUGGCGGUCCACGAAGGCAAUCUCAAGAAUAUCAAAGCAGCCAUCACCGCCAGGCAGGCGGAGGCUGUCAUCCCCGACCAGUCCAAGGUCGGCGACAUCAACAGUGGCAUCGAGCUGCUGGAGAACUUCGGCAAGAUGCUGGACGCGAUGGGAGCACAUUUCGGCGUCGAUGUGGCAGGGAUGGCCAAGGAGACCGCGGCGAAGCUCGAGGAGCAAAAGCAGAAGGCGGCCGAGGCUGCCAGCGCUGCUAAGCAUGGUGGCAUGGACGUCGAUGUCGAGUGCGACCCCGCAGACCCUGCCAUCCAGGCUUGCCUCAAGGAGGCUGGAGUGGACAUCGAUGACCCCGCCAAGGCCAAGAGCUGGUCGUCGGCGCAGACGUUGUUGGAGUGGGCCCACGACAGUGCUGAUCAGGCGCUGCCAGAUGUGCUUUGUUUGCAGGAGCAUCGUAUCAAGAGCGGUCCUCUGUUGGAGUCGGCUGUCCGCUGGGCUAGUAAGCGCACCUACUACAUGUAUGCGCGCAAGGCGGAGUCGACGGGAGACGGACCUCUGCAAUCGAGCGGGGGUGUAAGCGUUCUCAGCAGAUUGGCGGCCAGUAGGGAGCCGCAGAUCCUUGGUCAACUGUUACUGCCAUCGCACCGAGUGGAGUCGGUGCGCCUCAAUGUGGGUUUGGCGGUGCCGCUGCACGUGGUCUCCCUGCAUUUGGUCACGAGCGUCGGCCUGGCCAAGCAGACCAUCGACAUUCUGACGCAGCUCAUGGAGUACCUCGGCUCGCUUCCUGGGCCAUGGAUCGUGCUCGGCGACUUCAACAUGCUGCCAGAGGAGGUGCAGGAGUGGGCGCUGCGCGCUCAAGCGAUACUGUGGACAACGG